AUGGCGCCUGCCAUUCUGACUCAACGCCCGAGAAUCUUAUUUCUGGACGCCUACGAUUCGUUUUCAAACAACAUUGUCGCGAUAGUCGAGCAGAACAUCGACGCGCAUGUCGUCAAGGUCUUCAUUGACGAUCCAUAUCUUACACAGGUAAAAGACGAUGGACAACACUCAGCUUUUACGGAUUACCUCAAGAGCUUUGAUGGUGUGAUUGCUGGACCCGGACCCGGCUGGGCGAAAUGCGAAAAAGACGUUGGUCUGAUGAAAGAGCUCUGGAGUCUUCAAGAAGAGCAGCUUGUUCCUGUUUUCGGCAUCUGUUUGGGGUUCCAGUCCCUGUGCCUUGCCUUUGGAGCCGACAUUGAACGACUUGGGGAGCCGAAGCAUGGCAUCAUUACCACCGUCCUACACAAGGGUCAGUCCAUAUUUCGGGGCGUAGAGCGUCUUUUGGCCACACAAUACCACUCCCUUCAUGUAAAGCUCGACCACCCGAUCCAAAGUAAACGAGCUGUACGAUACCCCGCCCAACUUUGGGAACCCACAGAAAGGUGCCCCGAACUCGAACCGCUGGCAUGGGAUUUUGACAGUGAACGCAAUGGUGCUGUGCUCAUGGGUGCCAAGCAUAUACAAAAGCCAUUUUGGGGUGUCCAAUUCCAUCCAGAGUCAAUUUGCACAAACGACGAAGGAAAACGCCUCUUCCAGAACUGGUGGGAAGAUGCCCAGGCUUGGAACCGCAAGCGCAUGUUUCGCAAUGUUCCCAAACAUACUCUUAUGCCAAACACGCCAUCCUCUCCGAUGACCUUUGCGGAUUUCCGACGAGAACUUGCAUCGCUGAUUGCACACGGCGAUGGGCAAAUGAUACCAGACCUGGCCCCUAGCACUGUACACUGCGCGACUACAGGAAGCGGAAGGCUUACAGUUGCCGAUGUUUGUGAACUGUUCGAGUUGACAAGAGGGGAAGCUCUAGUUCUCGAAUCCGGAUUGCAGUCAAACUUGGUACCCAUGGCCGUAGGCACUGGCAGAUAUAGCAUUAUCGGGUUCGUUAUUCCUGAAGAGACCCUCCGCUUGCACUACUACGCCGGAUCCCGCAGGAUGGAGCUUAGAGAUGGCAAGGAUCAAGUGCAUACCGAAUGGACCGUAAACGACCCGUGGCCAUAUGUACGAGAAGUCAUGAAGAGCCUCCAGCCAUCUACACCACCACAAGGGUCAACCUGGGCACCUUUCUGGGGAGGUCUCAUGGGCUUUGCAUCGUAUGAAGCCGGUCUGGAGACUAUUGGUGUUCAUGGUCAUGAUGAAGCUGCUUAUCCGGACAUUUGCUUUGCAUACAUCACCCGAAGCAUAGUCUUCGAUCAUCAGGUCAAGAAGAUCUACGUUCAGAGCAUUCGUGGCGCCUUUGAUCAAGAUUGGGUUGAAGAGACGAUAGAGAGGCUGUACGACCAUGCUGGCGUGAAAUCUCGGGAAAGCACGCCAGGCUCUACAGCCAUGGCAGAAGUGGACCCGUUUGAAACACAUGGUACCAUGGACCAGUACAUUGAAUCUUGCCGACAAUACAAAGCCGGUGAGGGUGAAUACUCGGAGAAAGUCCGUAUUUGUCAAGAGGCUAUAGCAGACGGCCAGAGCUACGAGCUUUGCCUUACCACACGCAACGAGAUCCGUGCUCGUAAACCGACUGCCUGCCGGAUUUCACGUUCAGAGGACAACGAACAUUCUUGGAACAUGUACAAGCGCCUGGCCAGUCAGAAUCCCGCUCCAUUUAGCGCAUACAUGAGGAUACACAAUGUCCAUGUCUUGAGCUCAUCACCAGAAAGAUAUAUUAGUUGGGACAGGUCACAAACUGCCCAAUGUCGGCCCAUCAAAGGCACGGUACAGAAGAAACCUGGCGUGACUGCUGAGAUGGCCCACGAGAUUCUUUCUUCAUCCAAGGAACGGGCAGAGAACCUCAUGAUUGUCGAUCUCACUCGACAUCAAUUGCACGGCGUAUACGGCUCAGAGAACGUCCGCGUGAGUCAACUCAUGGAAGUUGAAGAAUACGAAACACUAUGGCAGCUAGUCUCAGUAGUUGAUGCAGUACCCAGUGGCUCUAACAAGCCAACUACACCCGAUGAUUGGGAAGAGCCUGUGGACUUUGCCUCCAAGAAGCCUGCCAAGCAUUCCGUACCCUAUCUAGGCUUCGAGGCCUUUGUCGAGAGUCUUCCUGCGGGAAGUAUGACUGGUGCACCCAAGAAACGGUCGUGUGAGAUUCUACAAGACGUGGAAAAGGGCGAAAGAAGAGGCCUGUACUCUGGUGUUCUCGGCUAUCUUGACGUUGGAGGCGGUGGUGACUUUAGUGUAGUCAUACGGACUGCCAUCAAAAUCGACAAUGAUGACCUCCAAACUGACGACAAGGAAGACGUCUGGCGUCUCGGCGCUGGAGGCGCGGUCACGAGUCAGAGCACACCACAAGGCGAAUACGAAGAGAUGAUUGCCAAGUUUGGCAGCACUAGUAGGGCAUUUAUGCCUCUCCCACCACCAAAGUCGAGGAUCAAGGGCAGGAGGGUUGAGAUUAUUGAACCUGACGACCCUGAAUUUGCGGAGUUGCUUGCAAGCAUGAGGGGAGGAGAAGAGCUAACGCUGGACGACGCUCAAAUCAUGUUGCGAGCUGUGGAACGCGAACUAAGGAGGAGGACCGGCCGAGAUUCAGACAAUGGUACCACAGAGGUGGAGUGAAUGUUUGACGGGAGUUUACAUGGUGGGGGAGUCGCUGAGCUUAACCUUUGAUACCAUCUUUUAUACUAGAGAUAGACUAUUCUGGCUUCAACACCAAUACAAUUUUUACUAGACAUUCUCGAAUCUUCCCCUGUGGAUUUCGUUUUUGUUUCUA